AUAACACAAUUCAUUGCCGUGCAUUCCGGUAUUUGUAAUCUCCCAUAACAACCAUAUAUAUUCUACCACCACGGUCACGGAAAAUAGUAUUGAGGGAAGCACAACAAACAGUUAUUCAAGUAUCUUUCAUCAUGACGAUGUUAUUAUUAGUUAUAACUCUCAUGGCCGCAUUGUUAGGAACCGUACUAAGUGACUGUUACGGGGGAUCCGGUGGUGUUCACCGUAUCACUGACUGCCAAGGAACGUUUUAUGCAGGCAGUGGUGGUACUUACUAUUUCACUAAUAGACCAAAAAGGUUCGUUGCGGGUAGUGGUGGUACUUACAAUGGAGAUGCUGGUGGAGAUGAGUUCAUUGCAGGUAUGUCAGGUGUUUACAAUCUGGAAAAUACUAGAGGCAAACAUCAAAAUGGACAAGGAGUUGUUCAAGGGGGCUCAGGAGGUGUGUACCAUUUACCACAUGGCUAUGGAACAGUGACUGGAGCCAGUGGUGGUGUCUAUUAUGGAGAUGCUGGUGGAAGGGGAUUGGUUUAUAGUACUGGUGGGAGUUUCUUCGUAAGGCCUUCUUAAAUAGAAAUAAUCGGAUUAGGAGAGUAGUAGUGUCUAUCAAAGAUGAAAUGGCUACGGUAAUAAAGGUGUUAUGGGAGCCA